GCCGGAAGUCGGGAGGUUCGAGGGGGUUCGAAGACGCCGGUUUGUGACGGGGAGGCUGGCGUGGAGGUUGCCUCUCCGUCCUUUCGCACCCCGGGCCCUCGGGAAAAACCCAGCACCCCGGCCCCGCGGCCAGCCCCUUCCGCCAGGCUCUCUCCGCUCGAUUUCGCCACCGUUAUGUGGGAAGCGAAUCCGGAGAUGUUUCACAGAGCAGAAGAAUUCUUAUCCAAGACUACAAACAGCGAGAUGGAUGAGAUGGACACGUCAGACACGCAGUGGGGCUGGUUUUACCUGGCGGAGUGCGGGAAGUGGCACAUGUUUCAGCCGGAUACCAACAUUCAGUGUUCAGUUAGCAGUGAAGAUAUCGAAAAAAGCUUCAAAACAAACCCUUGUGGCUCCAUUUCUUUUACUACUUCCAAAUUCAGCUACAAGAUAGACUUUGCAGAAAUGAAGCAGAUGAAUCUCACCACUGGAAAACAGCGCUUAAUAAAAAGAGCCCCUUUUUCUAUCAGUGCUUUCAGUUAUAUCUGUGAAAAUGAGGCCAUCCCCAUGCCACUCCACUGGGAGAAUGUGAAUACCGACCUGCCCUAUCAGCUCAUUCCUUUGCACAAUCAAACACACGAAUACAAUGGAGUUGCUAGUCUCUUUGGGAAAACAGUGGAUCGCAACAGAAUUAAAAGAAUUCAGAGAAUUCAAAACCUAGACUUGUGGGAGUUCUUUUGCAGGAAAAAGGUUCAGCUCAAGAAAAAAAGAGGCGUGCCUCAGAUUAAUGAACAGAUGCUAUUUCAUGGCACCAGCAGUGAAUUUGUGGAAGCAAUUUGCAUUCAUAACUUUGAUUGGAGAAUCAAUGGUAUACACGGUGCUCUCUUUGGAAAAGAUCGAUACCAUUGCUGUUUUAACACCUGGGGUGAAAGACAGCGCUCAAAACGCAAUCAGCUGAGUCCCUCCAUCUUUAAAGUUUACAUCCGUGUCUUCAGGCUUUGGGGGUUGUUACUCUUUUGGACACGUGCCGAUCUGAUCUACAGGAGACUAAGAGCCCAAGGUUGAAACUUGCAAGGCAACGGGUGUGAACUCUGCACGUGGCUACCUGGCUCAUCUCUAGUAGGCAGAGUGCCCCGCCAUAGACACUGUAAGUAACAACUGUGCCGUUAUUCAUGUCUGAGACCGACACCAGCUCCCCUUUUAUAAGGAAGAGCUGAUUGUGAUGCCCUUUUUUAAACGUGAUAGUGUUGAGUUCAUCGAUGUUAGUGUCUUUGUUUUCAUCAGUAGAUCGAGUUGAGAAUCGUGUCAUCAGUGUAAUCAGACCAGACACCGCCGUUUGCCAUCUUUUCUCUUGUCAUCACAUAGUGUUGGGGGUGGGAGUGGGGAGAGAAACAUUCCAGAGUCAUGAAUAAAUGAUUUUUUAAAUUCUGCAUUAAAUACACUCCAGCUGAUAGUAAUUCUUCUUUUCCACUUUGGUAAUAUCAGCCUCAGGGUAAAAAAAAAACUGUGUUUAUAAGUAACAGUCUCCUAAAUCUUGGCGGUAAUGAACAGGAAGGUUUUGUAUUAAUGCCAAAUACAAAAUACAAUAGACUGUUCCAGUGAGGCUGGUCAAGACUUGGGAGUUAUUUGGAUGUAUGAAUGUAUUGUUUCUACAUGGAGUGAUUAAAGCUUUCCGGAGCAGGUCCUGGA